AUGGGAAUAACAGCAUGCUCUCUUGACGACUACAUUGAAAACAAUAUGGAAGAUAUUUUAAGUGGUAAAUAUCGUAUUGUGUACGGAUCUGCAGAGAAUGUUACGGAUCCGAAGUUUAUUCAGAAGUUGAAAAUAUCUUCUAGUUUCAGCGAAAACCUGGCAGCGUUCGUCGUAGAUGAAACGCAUACAAUACAAUCUUGGGGUGGGAUAAGGUAAGCACCGUCAAUAUAUUUACAACAAUUUACUAGUGAGUGAGUAAAUGUAGUUAUGAAAUGUAUGAACGGCACACGUAUCGAAAAUAUCAUUUAUGAAAUCAUGUGGUCACUGUAUAUUUUUGUUUAACAGCGAGAAGAAACGUAGAGGAAAACGCAAUUACACAGCUUUCCGUACGGCUUAUGGAAAACUUGCAAUGUUACGAUCGUUUCGAAAAGAAGGUGAGGAUAAUAUUUAUUUAUUUUUUUAUUGUUCUGUAUAUUAAACCUCAUUUAUUUCUAUAAAACUUUUGUUAGUGAUUACAAAUCGCUGCUAAUUUUGUUUACAUACUGGAAUAAGCUUUGCUUCCUAUUAAUUCCUAUUAAUUUUGAAACAAUUGUCUUCAUUAAGAUUCAACUAGUGAGUUGAAUUUGAAAUUUCAGAACCAGGUCAUUCUUUACGAAAUUGAUCCAGUGACUUUAAAGAAUGGUUUUCCCAUGAGAGCUGCUACACAGGCUAUAACAGAUCUGAAUGCAUGGACAAGAGGUCAAAACUUAUUUCACUUUUAUUUAAAUUAUAUUUACAGGUACUCCAGUUGCUGCAUUAACAGGCACAGCAGAUGAAAGAACACUUGCUGUUGUAGAAGAGAAACUUGCCCUUAAAAACCCCUUUAAAAUCAUAAUCAGUCCCAACAGACAGAAUAUUCGUUUCUCUGUAGAAAAGUAUAAGAAGGAAGCCAUCAUGACUGGACUGGACUGGAUAGUUGAAGCUGUUAAACAGCACAGUGCUGAAAUGCCGAGGACAAUAAUAUUCUGUAAUACAAUGAAUGACAUUGGGUGUGUAGUGAAUUAUUUAAUGCUAAAGCUUGAUAAAGCAGCAUAUGCUCCACAACAGCCCAAGGUGCAGGGAAACUGUUUGGUUGGCAUAUACCACUCGAACUCGUGGGAACGGAAUAAAAAACGUGUACUGGAUUCACUAAAGAUUACCUCUGGUAAAAUAAGAGUUGUCGUUGCAUCAUCAGCCCUCAGUAUGGGAGUAAAGUUUCCCAGCAUAAGAUAUAUCAUAAACUUUGGACCAGCAAGAAAUAUUCUUGAACAGCAUCAAGAAAUUGGUAGAGCUGGCAGAGAUGGACUACAAAGCCAUGUCAGAAUUAUUUAUUAUGGCCAGCAACUCUCAUACUGUGAAGAACCUGUGAAAGACUUAGUAAAGACAGAAAGUUGUUUGCGUGUUGCUGCCUACAAAGUUCUCAACGAUAGAAUACAGCCUUUGCAACAACCACAUUUAUGUUGUAAGAACUGUUCAGCAUUGUGUGAUUGCCAGGAAGAACAAUGCCUAUGUAUUCCCCCUGAAUUUGAGAGAGAUACCCCCUGUUAUCUGAACUGUACAAAGUGCCAGACCUGA